GGUCAUGUUGCAGGGUCCAUCCAACUCUUAGGUCUUUGUGCAGGACACAGACAGGACAGCUGGUCUGCGGUCUGUUAAAACUGUCCAAACCCUGAUGACUGAACAAAAUGCAAACCAACAGACGCUGCAGGAGGAAGACAGGAAGGGCAGCAGAGGAACCUCAAAGCAGGACAUGAGGGACUAUCAUUCGGAUGUAGAGAAUGUCACUGAAAAACAUUGUGGCUACAAAAGAACAGUCAGUGAUCUUCUGCAAUCUAUUGAGCAUGAUCAUCGGGUGUGCUCAGGCCGGAGAAAACCUGAGUUAGUGAGGUCAAAGACUUUUGAUCACUCGCUGUUGACACAGAUCCAGACAGAUUUAGACUCCAAGCUAGAGAGGAAGAAGCCUCAGUACAGCCAGCUUUCAAAGAGCAACUGCCAGUACCAUAAAAUAUUUAAGGAAAUCAGCAAAGACGAACAGCUCCGACAGAGCUAUACGUGUGCCCUGCAAAAAGACAUUCUGUACCAGGGAAGAAUGUUUGUUUCUGACCACUGGAUCUGUUUCCACUCCAAGGUGUUUGGCAAAGACACUAAGAUCGCCAUCCCCCUGGUGUCCGUCACGUACAUUAAGAAGACCAAAACCGCGAUCUUGUUGCCAAAUGCUCUGGUGAUCGCCACGACAAAUGACAGGUACGUGUUUGUAUCCUUCUUGUCCAGAGAUAACACCUACAAGUUCCUGAUAUCCAUAUGUCUUCACCUGAAGAAGAGUCCAUGCAGCAGCCCCAUCCUAUCUUCAGCAGAGAACAGCUUCAGAGGUCAAAGGUCACCACAAUCCCCACACUUUCCUCUGAGUUUUCCAGCUGAUUUCAGUGAUCUGGAUGGAACAGCGAGACACCAGAGUCAAGAAAUGGAGGAGAGCAGCAGCUCAGAUUCACAAACCCCCACUGAUGACAAGAUAGCAGGUUCACAUGUGGUGAUAAACAGUAAAGAAGCUAUUUCUCUCAACACGCUGCUGUUUGUCUACCUGUUCUUGGUGUGUAUCCUGCUGCUGUCGUCCUGCUAUAUGGCAUUUAAAAUCAUCUCGUUAGAGCAAAAACUGACAUCACUUGGCUCUGUCGCAGAAUCCACUGAGCAGGAGUAGGUUCACCUCCCUCAAAAUGCUGAAAAAUGUACAAUUCUACAUAAUGUGCUGAAAAAAUAUAAUUCUUGACUCAAG